AUGAGUGAGGCGUCUCUUCUUUGGGAAUGGGAAUGGCAGUUCGGCUUUUAUGAGACAAUCAGAUCUGAUUCUGAUUGUGGGAGUGGACUGGGAGUGGACUGGGAGUGGACUGGGAGUGGACUGGGAGUGGACUGGGAGUGGACUGGGAUCUGGGACUGGGAUCUGGGACUGGACUGGGAUCUGGGACUGGACUGGGAUCUGGGGCUGGACUGGGACUGGGAUUUGGGACUGGACUGGACUGGGACUGUCUUCCUUGCGUCUCCUCGUGUCCACAGCGGAGAAGAGUCGGGAAUAAAGGUCUUCCUUGUAUUUCGAUCGGGGUUUGGAUGA